AUGUCUGGUCGGGGCAAGGACAGCAAGGGGCUCGGCAAAGGCGGCGCUAAGCGCCACCACAAGGUGCUGCGCGACAACAUCCAGGGCAUCACCAAGCCGGCCAUCCGCCGUCUGGCUCAGCGCGGCGGCGUCAAGCGCAUCUCGGGGUUCAUCUACGAGGAGACGCGCGGUGUGCUUAAAGUCUUCCUAGAAAACGUAAUCCAUGACGCCGUCACCUACACGGGGCACGCCAAGAGGAAGACGGUCACGGCCAUGAACGUGAUCUACGCCCUUAAGCGCUAGGGUCGCACUCUCUACAGCUUCGGCAGCUAAAGCCUUGCAUUCUUACUUUUAUAUUGUAUAUCAAAAACAAUUUUAUAUAUUUUAUAUUAAGUAAUCCUGUAAUCGUAAUUAAUUUAUAUUUUGCUGAUAGUUUUCA